GCGAUUUCGGUACAGUGCGUAUUCUCGGUUUAGGCUUGCUGCAGUAUAAUAUUAUAGUCGGCCAAAAUCAUAAUACUUCUAUAACUGUGGUGGUGUCUGCGGGUGCAGUUCAUUUUUGGUAUCGCCGUCGCGGUUGCCACAAUCAAACAAGAUGUUGCUAGUGAAAUCACUGUUAGUGGCGAUUGCAUCAGUAUCGCUUGUAGUUGGUUUACCGACACCAGCACCAGAAAAGUCUUUACAACCAGUUCAGCGUCAAAAAAAACACGCUGAUAGUGGAUAUGGUUCAGAUGUAGUUGGUUAUGAUCCUCAUCAUCACGAAGAACCACAAGGCUCCUGGAAAAAGAAACUAACUUGGAAAGAGGAAUGGAAGCAAGAAUGGAAAACUGUCAAGCAAGAGGUAUGGAAAAAAACUUGGGAACAAAUUAAAGUCCCGAUAUGGAAAGAAAUCAAAGUUCCCGUCUGGAAGGAAAUAAAAGUACCAGAUUGGAAAAUUAUCCAGACUCCAGUUUGGAAAGAAAUUAAAGUCCCAGUGUGGAAAGAAGUUAAAGUACCCGACUGGAAAGUAGUACAAGUGCCCGCAUGGAAAGAAGUACAAGUACCCGUGUGGAAAGAGAUUCAGGUACCUGACUGGAAAAAGACCUAUGUACCUGAAUGGGUUAAAGAAUACGUUCCCGGAUCCAAGCAGUUAGGCAAAGACCAAAACGGAUGGGAAUAUGUUGCACAUGAUUUGUGGAAAAAAAAACUCAUAUGGAAACCAAUUUGGAAUAAGGUAUGGAAAACUGAAAAAAAACAAGAAUGGGUGACAGAGAAGAAACAAGUAUGGAAAGAAGAGAAGGUACAAAUAUGGAGGACAGAAAAGAAACAGGAAUGGAUAACAGAAAAGAAACAAGAAUGGAAAGAAGAAAAAGUACAAAUUUGGAGAACAGAGAAGAAAGAAGAAUGGGUAACUGAGAAAAAACUUGAGUACAAGACCGAAUGGAAAGAACACAAAGUACCAGCUUGGAAAGAGAUUCAGGUACCCACUUGGAAGAAAGUAUACAAGCCAGUGUGGGAAAAGGUUUGGAUAGAAGAACAUCAUGACCACCAUGAACAUCACGAACACCAUGACCACCACGAAUAUGGCAGUGGAUACGAAGAUCAACAAAAUAAUUACGGUGGUGGUGGUGAUAGUUAUGGUUACCAUAAAAAAUGAUUUAUAUUUCACCGUAUCCACUGUAAAUCUUUCUUAAAUAUUACCUCCCCAGUCAAUGUGUUUUUAUGCCAAUCAAAUGUAAAUAUUUCUUGCUAGUUGUAUGUAUUUUUUUACUUAAUGUGUUAUUUGAUUUUUUUUAUAUAUAAUAUAAUAUAACAACGUUAUGUUAUCAACAUA